AUACUAUCUACUAUCCUAUUUGCCCCCUCUCGGGGUGCUUCCCCUGGCUGGCCCCAUUACGUUGGCUGGGAAUCCUGCCUGAUUCCGAGACUUCAGCUUGCAUUGUGACUGGAUUAGCCCUGGGCAGUCAGUCACCUAAGCAAACAAGGGCUUCUGGUACUUCAGCAGAUGCAUCUUUCCUGACUCUCUCCCUUCCCCCUUGUACUACCCCUCCAGCUGCAUGUUCAUGUAAACAAACCCAAUAUGUCUCGCCGUCGUGCCUCUCACAGCGAAUCAUUGGGAAUUUCAUCUACUAUGAACGAAGCUCUUGCCUAUCCUUUCUCCGGGAUGCAGCAAAGCAAUGCUCCACAGCGACGCGGCCCGAUCGAAGGGCCCAACGGUCGACGCUUGAUUCGUAGGGUCACCUGGCGAUCCUCCACGUACAAGUUGAUGGCUUGUCUGUGGGUGUUGGGUGUCUUUUAUAUCGUCUGGCUGAUCCGGGAUGUCUUCUACUACCCCUUCUACGCCUCUUCCAAACAGCCUCUCACCCCCAAAGACACGAAUGAUUUACUGGCUCCCUAUGUGGGUCGUCAAGAGUGCGACAUUUCUUCCCUGUCCCUCUUCAGCCCCCCUCAACCCGGUGAUGGCGAACGUGCUUCAAGCAAUCCCUACUGCCAAUCUCGUGAUGCCCUGCUCAACGCCAUGAGCAAUGGCGGGCGUCACGGCUUUGACGCUGCGUAUACCUCUCAAGGAUGCUCUUAUCGUUGGUUCACUAGCGCCGAAGUAUGCGACAUUCUUCGGAAAUUCGAUGGAAUCGUCUUUGUGGGUGAUGAUACCUUGGCCGAUGCCUAUGCAGGCUUCAACAUUCUUUUGCGGGAGGACUUGGCCACUGGAUCCCUGAGAGAGUGGGAGAUAAACAAAGGACAUGGCCAUGAUUGCCGAUGUGAAUCCCAGUUCACCAGUAGAUCGUGCCUACCUCUGCGGAUUACUUCGAGUGAUGAGGUAUACGCUCAAGAAGGAAGCAGUGCCCCUCGCAGGCCUUACGCUUGUUCAUCCCGUAUUCCUCAUGCCUUCCUCGCUACAGCCAGUUCUCCUGCCCCAAGGGGUGUGUAUGACAAAUUUCGUCGAAUGGUCGCCCGAGGAGUUGGCCGAAACAAACCCGUUCCCGUGAUCCUGAGUCUUUCCCUUUCCACAUCCUAUUCCCUGUCUACAGCUAAAAGCAGUAUGGAUGAAUGGCUCACACUGGCCCAGGCCAGUGGACGGAAUACCCCUUUUCUCUGGGUAGGUCCGACAGCUCCUGGGCUUCAAAAGGACUCGAGGGACAACAUCCACGCAUCCAGCUGGCAGUAUUCACAAGACACCGCCCAAGAAGCCCGCAACAGAGGCUUGGAUGCUCUGGGAAUGUACAAUGCGACCCUUCAAGCUGAUAGUUGGGAUGGUAAGCACUACGGAGAGAAGGUAGCUUUGAUACAAGCGAUGAUGGUUAUCAACUGGCUGGCUAUGCUCUGAAUUGAUGACGGAGUGGUGCUGUGCUAUCCGUUCAAAGGUUCCUUCGAAACUAACUACGGUAUUGGAUGUCCCUAAAACGUGCGCUCUAUUUAACCCAAAUCCCCCUCAGGUAUUCUGAAAUACAUG